GCUCGCACGACCAAACACGAAGUUAACCAACGUAAGGCGACCACGUUCCCUCGACGCCGUCGUCGCCAUUCGCGAUAAUCUCCGCUUUGACCACUGUGUGUCGCAACCUACCCCUGUGGCACAGCACGCUACCGAGGAUCGGUGCGUCAAAGGUAUAUACAUCUAUUCCUGUCCCUCAAUUUGCGACUUUCCCACUGCCCGCAUUCUACCUUCAACCCUCGUUUCCUAACCAUAGUCACUCAUUUGAAGCGCCAAACGACAACAUGGCGAUCAAACUUCUGAGUGGGCUCUUCAUCAUCCAUGCGCUGGCGCUGCGCGCAGCGGCAAGUACAUGCGCUAUUAUGGUCACGGAGACAGUUUAUGUGACCGCAACUUGCGCUCCCGGCGAGUGUGCCUCUGCGACUCCAGGAACUUCUAGCGUCGCGCUCAGCUCUUCUUCGGUUCUUGCUUCAUCACCUGUGGUUGUGCCGCCUGCACCACCCUCAUCUUCGGCUCUUGCUUCGUCACCUGUGGUUGCGCCGCCUGCGUUACCCUCAUCUUGGGUUCUGGCAUCGUCACCUGUCGCCCCGCCGCCUUCGCCGCCCUCACCUUCGAGCACUACUUAUGACGCGCCCGCACCGCUUCCGUCAGCGCCGGCGGCCAAUGGAGUCACUUUCACGAGCGCCAGCAAGCCGCAGCCGACCGCCGACUCUUCGCUCUUGUGCCCACAAGUCGAGAUUCAAGCUCAAGCUGCAGGUCAGCCAAUCCCUCCUAUGCCUGUUGGCGCCGAUAGAGACCCAAGUGUUGCCAGCUAUAACGCUUUGCCGACGCUUGCCGCAGCGCUUUGCAAAGCUCCCGACAACUUCCACCAGCUCACGACAACACCAAACCAUGGCUCUAUCAAGAACUCGUGCAACUACGAGGUCUAUGUCGACUCUAUGGGCUGCGGUAAGGGCGCACAACAUCAAAUCAUCCCAGCCGGACAAACCUGGAGUGAGCCUCUCCGAUCCUGUCCCGCCGAACAAGGCACCGUUGUCUACAAAGUCACCAAGGCAGAUGCUCCUGCAAAGCCCAUCCAAUUCGAAGUCGGCCUGAGCAUCGAGCCCGGCAUGGAGAACUCGGUCUGGUACGAUAUUAGCUUCCUGGACUGCAUGAGACCCAACACAACGGAUCUAUCCGGCUGCCCAGGCUGGGAGGGCGGCGUUCAAUGCGUUCCGGGAAAGCAGGGUUGCCAGGUCUUCGUGUGCGGUGCGGGUGAAUACUGUGACGGCAGUACGUACACUGUCCCUGAGUUCGGCAUCAUCGUCAGUGGAGAAUACAAAAACGACGAUUGGAGGGUGAAAGCUGGAUCUCCUGUCACGUCAUGUGCCACCAGGCAGGAGGGGAUUGCGUUCGAGCUCUGUGCCGCGACCUAGGAGGGACCUACUUUCUCUGAUUUCGCCGUCAAAAUGAGCUGUUCCUGUUAUUAGUUUGCGAUCCGCCUCGGGGUUGUUUAAGGAGAAUUUCUUGUGGUCACGGUUUGUGGGACGGUUCAAGGGAUUCUGCAGAGGAAGCAUGUUCCCGGUUCUUGUCUGGAAUGCCUGCAUCUGGAUAGGCUUCGUUUCUUGUAUACCAUAUCAAACAUGACGCGCACGGGACGUGCUGGCAACCUUCGAUGUACAUUCGGUCGAUGGGAUGGGCGAAGAAUAUACCCGGUUCUCUGUCUUUCGAAUCCUAGUCCUUCGAUGCUAGGUGGCGCG